AUGACCUCUCAUUUGAAUGUUUUCAGGCAACCUCUUGCCUUCUUCUCCAACCGUCCUAUGACUGGAUUCUAUCGAGAUGGCUAUUGUAGGACAGGAGCUGCAGACUUUGGCAACCACGCCGUCGCUGGUGUCGUGACCGAAGAGUUCCUGGACUUUAGUGCUUCGCAAGGAAAUGAUCUGCGGACAGCAGGUCUGACAGGGGGCUGCAAGUGGUGUCUCUGCACGGCGAGAUGGCUGGAGGCGUUCCAAGCGUACAGAGAUGGGAGGAUCGGUAGGAAUGCAGUGCCGAGAGUAGUGUUGGAAGCAACCGAGGACAGUGCCCUGAGACAGGUGGACUUGGAUACGUUUAGGCAAUUUGCGGCCGAACCGCAGACGAACGGUGUGAAUGGUGUCAAUGGCGUGAACGGGCACUGA